AUGGUUUUCUCGUCGAUGUUCCUCACGAUGUCAGGCGAGCCCCCGAGCUGCCUGCUGGGGAGGCUGCCUGCGUGGUACGUGCUGCUGGGCAUGCUCGCCGUGCUCUUCGCGCUGAACCUGGCCACGCUGGACGCCCGCGCCCCCGGACGUUUCGAUUGUCGGUCGCGGGUGGCCUUGCAGCGCGCAGCCGCCACUGCCCAGGCCGCCGAAGGCCGCCGCCUGGCGGUGCGGGCUGGGGCCGGCUUGGUUCAGAAGCCCUGCAGCGCGAUGGCGGCGGCGGCGGUCGCCACUCCCGCGACGUCCAGGUGUGGUCCUGCCGCUGGUUUGCUCGGCAUCGGCGCCCUCAGGCGCAGCCAGCUCGACGUCCUGCAGAGCCUUGUCACGAAGCACAUCGUAGGGCCAGGUCGGCAGGCGGAGUCGGCUGGCGGCUCCACGCAGUGGGCGCGCAGGAAACGAGCGAAUGGCUGCGGGUUCAUGGCCAUGCGGAAGUCAUACAAGCACGACCCCCGCACACGCUUAUGUGAACUGCUGAAGCGUUGGCUUCGUACUCACGCGGCCAAUUCCAGAAUCGGCGAGGACGAGGUACGGCGCAUGUGCUGCCUCUGCCGGGACGUGCUGAAUUACCCGCGAGUGUUCCCCUCGAGCAAUUCUCGUAGUUUCAUGCGAACGUUGGCGGAGGUCUUCGACCACAUGCAACUUCAGCUGAAAGAGGUCCUGAAGCGCGAUCGCACGUGCGCAGAGCUGGCGGCAGCCGCGCUCUCUGUGAGCCGCAACCUUAUCGCAGACGCAAUAGCCUACCUGCUGCUGGCGUCCACAGACUUGAAGCAGACGGACAGGCUGCCGUCGCUGGAGGUGGUGGCUCUGUGGCAGUCGCUGCCGGUGGGGAAGAACCCCUUGCCAGGGCGCGCGGACAGCGAGCUGCAGGCCCUCAUGAAGGACUGGGGGAUCACUGGAAGACACUGUGUGGAUCUCUCGUUGCAGCUCUCCUCAGCCAGCAGUGCGCCUUCCGGCUGUUCGGUGGCGCUAGCGCCCAGGACGAGGCCUCGUCUGCCAUGA